GACCCACUUCACGUAAGUCGGAGUCAUGACCAAUGGCAGCUUUGUGUAAGUGGUGUACUACUGAUGCAGUACUGUAUUGAGGAAAAUACGAGCUGUGAUCGUCUUGCCUUUAAUUGUUGUAAGAUGUGCAAAGUGUGGCAAAAUGAUUGCCCAGCAGUCCAAAGACCGCUGAUCUCCCUGUAAAAUUUGAUUCAAUAUUACGACCCCAAGAAAUGAUCCCAAAAUUUACUGGUGAAUGGAAAAGAACAUGAUACAUACAAGUCAGUGUGCUAGUAUUUAGCUCAUCCCUCACUGAAUGAAGCAUAAAACAGACUUUGCUUAGCCUACAACUAAUCGUAUCAAUGAGUGUGUCCAUGAUGUGGAUCUUUAAGAAUUUUGCCUCCUAAGCAAAUUUAGUAUUCCUGUCACAUAAUGUUACUGUUGGAGGCUGGGGACCUCAGUUCUGAAUGGUGUGAAAGCGAAUUUGAAUCAGCCACAGAAACCACCGGUUUAAUGGAUGCACAUGUUGGUCAGAGCAGAAGCGAGAUUUCUGGUGAAAGACCUGGCAGACGACAAAAGAGAAGACGGAGCACAGAACGUCGGACUGCUAACGAAGACGAGAAUGGUGCAAUUCCCGAAGUCGUCAUAGCCUCUAGUUCAGCAGGGAGUCCGUCUAAUGGCGAAUGGCCUAGCGAAGAAGAAGAAGAGCUAAAAUAUGGGGCAAAACAUGUCAUUAAAUUAUUUGUCCCGGUUUCACUAUGCAUGUUGGUUGUCGUUGCUACCAUCAGUUUUGUCAACUUCUACACAAUCAAGGAUUUAUACUUGCUUUAUACCCCAUUUCAUGAAGAUAGUCCUCAUGCGAGUACCAAAGCAUGGAAUGCUGUUGCAAACUCUUUAAUAUUGAUGGCUGUUAUUGUGGUGAUGACAGUUCUUCUGAUUGUUCUAUACAAGAAUCGUUGUUACAAGGUCAUACAUGGAUGGUUGAUAGUGUCUUCAUUAAUGCUGCUGUUCAUUUUUUCAUACAUUUAUCUUGAGGAAGUUCUUAGAGCUUUCAAUGUGCCAAUGGAUUACAUUACUCUUGUUUUCCUUAUGUGGAACUUUGGUGUUGUUGGGAUGAUAUGCAUCCACUGGCGAGGUCCUCUGCGUCUUCAGCAAGCAUAUCUCAUAUUUGUUGCUGCUCUUAUGGCACUGGUGUUCAUCAAAUACCUACCGGAGUGGACAACUUGGGUUGUAUUGGCAGUAAUUUCAAUCUGGGAUCUGAUAGCAGUUUUGAGCCCAAAAGGACCACUCCGCAUACUGGUUGAAACAGCACAAGAGAGAAAUGAGCAAAUUUUUCCUGCACUGAUUUACUCUUCAACCAUACUGUACAGUUAUGUGGGUGUUGCUGAUGGCGGAGAUGCUCAGGAACCUACAACUCACCAGCCUCAGCAACAGCAACAGCAACAGCGGACAUCUUCAAGUGAUAAGUCUAGUUUACCACACAGACGGAGACAAGCAACACCUGAGGGAAAUGACUCAGCUGAUGGUUUUUCAAGAGAAUGGGCUGAAACGAGAGAGCAGCGAAUCCAGCAAAGGCAACGUGAAAUGAGAGAAACGUCAGGAGGGAGAAUACCAGACUACCAAGCCAUAACACAACCUGCAGACACUCAACAAGAAUCUGCGGAAGAGGAGGAGCGAGGUGUUAAGCUGGGCUUAGGAGACUUCAUUUUCUACAGUGUUCUUGUUGGGAAAGCCUCAUCAUAUGGAGACUGGAAUACAACACUUGCUUGUUUUGUCGCAAUUCUCAUUGGCCUCUGUCUCACACUGUUGCUGCUUGCAAUUUUCAAGAAGGCAUUGCCUGCUCUUCCAAUUUCUAUUACAUUUGGUUUAGUUUUUUAUUUUACAACACGAGAAAUUGUCAAACCAUUUGCUGAUAGUCUGGCCAGUGAGCAGGUGUUUAUUUAGUCCACAGGUCUUUACCAUAUUCACCUCUUUAAGUAAUUGUUUGGAUGUGGUCUGACAGAUGCUGAAAGCAGCUUGAGAGUGUUGCUUACUUGGAUGGAACCUCUGUCACCAGACCUUGCAAACUGAUCUAUAGUCUGUGAUAAUGAAACUGUUGCAUUCACUUGUCUUUGUUACCAUAAUUUUUGGCGGCUUGAUAUAUCUGAAACUCAGUAGCUAGAGAUGGAACUUACAUAUGUAUAUUACAACAGGCAACAAUUUUUAUACUUAAUUUGCUAACUUAUACUAAAGCCAAAUAUAAAUAAAAUUUAAAAGUUGAAAAUUAGGUUAAAUCGUACAUGUAACUCUAGUAACUAAUUGAUAUUGAUCCUCAAGUAUCAUAGUUGAUCAAAAGAUCAUGAAGAACAGUUGUUUCAUAUUUUUCUUUUAUGUAAUUAUGAAGUGUGAAUGAAAUUCUUGGACUCUGACAUGUACGUUAUUUUGAAUGGAUGUGUUCAUUAACAAAUAUAUCCUCAUGAACAAA